AUGAAACGUAUAAACAGGCAUAAAAUUAAACGUGAGAUUCCAGAAUCGUCAUCUCAGUUAAAAGAUAAUGAAGAGCACGACUUGGCUUAUUACAUACAUGAUAGAGUUGAGUUAAUGCAUCAGGUGUUUUCGGUUAUAAAACCCAAAGAGCUGAAGGUGAUGGCACCACAAUGUGUGCAACAUAUAUCCAUUGAUGAUUUACAAGAGCUGUGUACGGAAGAGUUACUAGGUAUAAGUUCAAAGCGUCUUUGUGCAAUAUUAGAUGGAGCUGAGCCUCCCACAGACACAGAAUCUUCAAGCUCUGAACCACUAGAAACUAUUUCUUUGGACAGUAUAUCUUCUGAUGAGGAAAUUUUGAGCCAACAUAGUUCCAAAAAUAAAAAGCACAAACACAAAAAACAUAAAUCGAAGAACAAACAUAAACGAAAAGAAAGCAAUUCUGAAAAAGAAGAAGACAAAUCAAAGGCAUCUAGAGCUGGACUUACGGUGUUAGAGUUACUUGAGCUUCAAGCGAGAGCUAGAGCUAUUAGAGCUCAGUUGCAACAAGAUGUUACUACAACCACAGAAGUGCAAGAAGUGACUACAGAAAAGCAUGACUCGUCAGAUGAAGUAGAGAUAAAAGAGGAACCCGCUGAAGUGGUGGAGAUAAGCAGUGAAGAUGAAAAGCCAAACAUCAACAAUUUACCUGUAAAACCUCCAUCACCGAGUAAAGAAACUGAUCAAGAAAAAACCUCAACAACUAUCACUAAAAGAGUAAAUGAUCUAAUAAUAACAGUACCACAAACAAAACCUACACGAAAGAUUAAACUGAAGAGAAAUAAAUCUAUCACAACUAUUACUUCCACUGCAGAUGUUGGCACAAAAAAUAUUGAUAAAAAUAUUCAAAGUGUAAAUAAAGAAGUAGUUAUCAACAAAAUUCAGGUAUUGCCAGAUGAUAAAAACAAUAAGAAAAAUGAGACUAAAACAGAAACUAAGACUAAAUCAAAGAAAAGACAAAAAAAGAAAGAUAAAGAAAAAGAAGGUAGUGAUCACGAUGAAAUAACUUUGCAAUUGUCUGACUCAGAAAAGAUGGAUUUGCUAGAUUUUGAUCGUAAAAACUAUGAUAACUUAACUUCUUCUGGCUCAGAAGACUCGGAAAGUAGUUCUGAAAGUAAUGAGUCCGACACCUCUCAUAGUAGUAAUGAUGAAAGCAAAAUUACAAAAAGUACAGAUAAUGUACAUGAUAAGAACAUACCAUCAAAAAUAGAUACUCUGGUUGAUCAAAAUAUAGAAAUCAAAUCGCAAAUUGAAGAAAAAGAAAAGGACAAUGAAAUGAAAGAAUCUCAUGAAGUUAAAGAAGCGAGUCCUAUUGACUUAGAUAACAAUGAAAUAAUAGAUAAAACCGAUUUAUCUGAUAAAACAAAUGAGGUUUCACUAGUUUUUACUGAAAACGAGCAAAAACAAAUAACAUCUCCAGAACAAAGUAACUCAAAUACAAAUACUGACAAUCAACCUCAUAAUGAAUAUCCAGUAGAAACUCGAAAUACUCAAGAGCAACUAGAAGAUGGAGAAAUAGUAAAUGAAGAAGAAAAUAAGUUAUCUGAUGGAGAAAUUUCCGAACACACUUCAGAAGUAGUAUGUAUAUCAGAUGACGAAAAUAUAGAUAAAAAGAAAAAGAAAAAAGAAAAGAAAUGUAAGAAGGAUAAGAAGAACAAAAAAUCGAAAUCGGAUUUUCGUGAAAACUCCGACCAAAAUUUUUAUAAAGAAAAUCAAAAUGAGGAACAAAAGUCAACAGAAGUGAGCAAAAUUUCAAUAGAUGAUGACAUUUAUGAGAUUCUGGAACUUUCCGACGAUUCAUCAUGCUACGAAGUAGAAGGUGUUUCUAUAUCAAAAGAGCCCACCAAAUCAGAAAUUGAAGCUUUAUCUGCGAAAAUAGAUGAACAUAUACAUACAAAUACUCGCGGAGAGUCAGAAAAUAAUGAAGCAGAUACUAAUGAAGAAUUUGAAAAUAUUUCAUGGCGGGAUCGGUACUUAGACAGUAAAAAGGUCAAAAAAGUUCUUACAACUUCCAACAUAUUAAAUGCGCUUCGGAAAAAGAACAAAGAACUAAAAAAGAAAUUGGAGGAGUCUAAAAACAUGGAGGAAAAAACUCCUGAAAUAGAAAAACCGGCUGAUGUUGUUGAGGAAUCUGCUAAUGUACUUGAAGGAUCUAUAGAUCAUUUUAAUACUCUACAGGGAUCCACUAAGUACGUUGACCCAAUUGAUGACAGUAAACUAGAAAAUGUUGGCAAAGUGACAAAAGAAUUAGAAAUGGAUGCUAAAAGAUUAUUAAAAAUGUACAAAAAAUUGCUUAAACAUAACGAUAUGUAUAAGAAAAAAGAUCCGAACAAAAAGAGAAAGAAGAAACCAAAGAAAAACAAGGAAAAGAAGAAAAGUAAUGAGAGUACAAAACAAAAUAUAACU